AUGGCGUCUGAACCUGAUGACAUCACUGACUGGCACGGCACAGACAAUGUAUCCGAACCGGAUGAGAUCCCUGAUUGGCCAGGGGCGACCGGCAUUUUGUUCAUUGCUGAAGACUAUCGGACCAUCCGAGUGGAUGGAUACGGAUCUAACAAAUUGGUCGCUGUCUUAGGCAUCCGCAUGCAUGCCGCUUACUUGUCUUUAUUGAGCAAAGCACCUGCGCUGGACGUGUUCAUGUCGGAUUGGAUUGCUGAAUCGCUUAUGGCUUGCAGUGUUAUGAGAGUGUUCCAAGCUUACCGGAUCCCUUACGUUUUACCACCCAUCCUCCGACUCGCGUUCACACCUGGUACCGACCCGACCAUGGAGGACUGGUUCGAUGACAUUGCAGAGGCCCAUCAAAACUGGAUGUCGGCUAAUGCGGCCGCUAAUUACAACUAUGUCGGACAUUGGCGCUGGGCUGAACGAGAGGCAGCACGCGCCGGGGCAAGCAGGCUAAGGGACGGUCCGCCUCGCACAGGGCGGCAGCGGGAGGACUGGAACACCAGCCUUUGCGACUACUUCAUUGAUGAUGAAGCAGAAGAGGCCGGAUCGGACGAGGAUUUGGACGCAGAAGCUGAGGACCAGUCCGGUGGCAGUGACAUUGAGUACAUUGGAGAUGCGGUUGGCUCCGACAUUGAAUAUAUCGGGACAAGGCGUGCUUCCAUCAAUGCUGAUUCCCCUGGCAUAUCACACAUGACUUUAGUCAGCUCUCUUUCGUCGUUUCCUGAUGAUCUAUUGCCAAUCGCAACACCGGACGUGCAUCACAAUUGGACCCAACACAGCACCCUAGCACGGGCUGCUAUACUACAUGACCAAGAUGAGCUAUCCGACUACCUGCCAACGUCCGAUGAUGAUCUGUCCUCCGAUGAAGAUUCCACAACUGAUUACUUGGAUGAACUGGAAGAGAUGGUGGCGAGGCUCAAGGAGUCAGCCCUGGAAACGUCAUCUUUGCUUAAUGAGUACCGUUGGGCACAUUAG